UUCUGAAAUAGUUUUAAUGUGUUUGCGUAUGGGUACAUAUUAUUUUAAACUAAUGCAAAAUGUGUACAUUUGUGGUAUCUACUUACAUGCAUACAUACACAUUUAAAUGUGGGUGUAAAUGUCUCAACUCUGAGAUGCAAUAUUUCAUAUACAAAAAACUUAUUUUAUUAUUAGUAUGCUUCGGUUUCCUGACGACGGAUUUUCUGAAGACAAUAAAGCUUCUCCACACAUGGAAAGUCAUCACCAAAAGGAAUUUUUAAGCAAAUCUCUUUACCAUAUGCCAAUAUCUUCGGAAAUUUGCACUGAAAAAAUUAAAAAUAAUUGCUUACAAAAGGAUGGUGUUCCUAAUAAUGCAACAUAUGCAACACAUAUUAUGAAGUCUAGUUCACCAACUUCUAGCUUAGGAGAAUCAGUUUACGUUCCAGAGUUGGUUAAUCAAAUCCCAGUAUCUCAUGGUCAACAAAUGCAUACAAUGACGUCAACUACUGAUAUCAACUUCUAUAGUUUUCCUGAUUUUAUAUCUGACCAAGAAAAGAAUAUAUUAUCAGAUUCUGAGAAACUGCUUAGAUCAAAAGAAAAUGAUAUAUAUAAUAAUGAAUAUAAUCACAUACAUGAUGUUUUUGCCAUUCGUAAAUAUUAUCACCCCUUAUUCGCUCAUGGAAUAUGCAGGUGGCCUGGUUGUGAAGUUGACUUGGAAGAUAUAGCCUCGUUCGUAAAGCACUUGAAUUCGGAGCAUGCAUUAGAUGACAGAUCAACAGCCCAAGCUCGGGUACAAAUGCAAGUUGUUUCUCAAUUGGAAAGUCACCUGCAAAAAGAAAGAGAUCGCCUGCAGGCUAUGAUGCAUCAUUUAUACUUAUCAAAGCAGCUAUUGUCACCCUCGAAAAUCGAUCGAAAGGAUGCCUCCGGAAAUGAAAUAAAUGUGUGCAGUGGAACGUCUCCAAUUGUGAUAAAUAAUGUUGCUCGAGCUCUUUAUCGAUCGCAUUCUCCGAACUCUAAUAAUCAUCCAAUUGUAAACUCCAGUUUAUCUGUAAUGAAAAAAAGAAGUAAUGAAAAAAAUACGUUUUCGGUUACUGGUGGCCUACCAUAUAUGCUAGAAAGAGCAGGUCUUGAUGUACAACAUGAAAUUCAACGGAACAGAGAGUUUUACAAAAAUGCAGAUGUUCGUCCACCGUUUACAUAUGCGUCGCUUAUCAGACAGGCUAUCAUUGACUCUCCAGACAAGCAGUUGACGUUGAACGAAAUAUAUAAUUGGUUUCAAAAUACAUUUUGUUAUUUCCGGAGAAAUGCAGCAACAUGGAAGUAGAAUUAAUUAUUUUGGGACCACGCGACGCAGCCAUUUAAGAAUGCAGUAGUACCCAAGCUGUGAAAAUACAUUGCAAUGGGAAAUACAAUAAGCGGAAAGUGAUUAUGGAACGAUGGGCAAAGGCAACCGUUUUCAUAUAUCUAUGGUCGGCAACACGCCCUCAUUGGGUUGUGAUAACCCCCGCUUGGAGACAGGAAUCCGCUGUUUCACAGCACUACCUGGAGAUGAUCGCUACAGUUUUUGGUUUUAAUUUUCUUAAUUUUUGGUUUCACACAACUUUUCCCUCUAACUUGCAGGGCUACACAAACACUCGGCAACCCGGCCAUCAGUGGCGUACUCGAUAACAAAGACCACUAGACUUCGAAGUGUGGCCGGCACAUGUGCCAUUCAUUCGGGUUGUCUGCAUCUACCUGCGGCUCACCUCGUAAAUCUCUGAAUCUGAGGAGAUACUUAUAACAUCCCCAUGAGCAUCGGUGGUAUCGGCGGCAUCGCAGGAAUGUAUACCUCUCGUCUUGGUAUCCCAAAGCGUCGGCGGAGGGGCGACACAGCCACCAAGGAUAGCAGACGAGCUCCACUCUGGCGGUCUCCAUCACCCCACUCACUGACCGAAUUGGCUGGUGACUAGGACCCCGACCCGGUGUCAGACUGUUAC